CAUCAUUUCCUGUUUUACUACAAUGGCGGAAAAUAGUGCUAGCGAAGCUGGCUUUAUUUCAAGAGUAUUUUCUGAACUCUUUGGAAGUCCUUUGAAUGUUGGACUGCUAUGUAUUUGCGCGUUUUUGUUAUAUAAAAUAUUUAAAGGCAGGGGUAGCAGCGAUCCAAUUCCAAAAAAGCCAGAAUUACCAAAGAUGAAGAAGAGAGAUUUCACCUUAGAGCAGCUUCGUGAAUUCGAUGGAAAAGGACCAGAGGGGAGGAUUUUAAUAGCUGUCAAUGGAAAGGUUUUCGAUGUUACCCGUGGGAAAAGGUUUUAUGGACCAGGUUCUCCAUAUGGUGUUUUUGCUGGACGGGAUGCCUCCAGAGGAUUGGCAACCUUCUCAUUAACAGAGGAUGUAUUAAAAGAUGAAUAUGAUGACCUCUCUGACUUAACCAGCAUGCAGAUGGAAAGUGUUCGGGAAUGGGAGAUGCAGUUCACAGAGAAGUACGAUUAUGUUGGUCAGCUCUUGAAGCCAGGGGAAGUUCCGCAUGAUUACACAGACACAGAGGAUGAGAAUCCAGAGAAAUCAGAAAAGUCAGAGGCAGAAAAGAAGACGGAUUGAGAAGCAAAGUAUAGCACCCAAUGCCGUCUUAACUUUGGCUCAGCUUGUUUACUGCAGCAUGUGAUUUUUUUCUGAUACAUAUUCUUGUUACCUUGUGUUAUAUGUGCUUUUGUAUGCAGAACUCUCACAAGGUAACUGUAGCUGAACCUACUUGUAUUAAACUUACUGGUAAAUGUGUAGCCUAGAAUAAGAAGCACGUUGGAUUCAUAGACGAUAGGUACCAUACUUGCAGAUGUACAAUAUGUAAUCAUGUAUAUUUUAGAACAGUAUCUGUUGUUAAUAUUUAAUGUUAUUAUUAUAAAUUUUUUUUUUCCUCAAUACAUGUAUUUAUAUCAAUUCCAUAAUGUCAUUCAUUACAAGAUUCGGAAGCGUAAUGCAAAACCUGUUACUGUUAUAACCCUACAUGUAGUGGCAUGAUGUGUAUUACCGUAAUUGUGUCACGUUGGCACAUAGGAACUGAUCUCACGGUGCUAAAUAAACUGUUGGUUCUUGUCAAGCACAUAUUGUCAAAUACUAAUGAAAAAAUUAUCAUGUGAAUGCAGAAUUGGGAUUUUUUAGGUCAUGGUCAAUUUAGAGGAAGAAAGCAAAAUAGGAUCUUGAUAAAUAAUUAGAGAAUAGACCCAAUCAAACCCUAGUUACUAUGGUUAGUAUUAAAUAGGGAAUAUUGUUUUAACAUUUUUUACUGGUAGUUGGUUUUAAAAUUGGUCAGGCAAACUUUUCCUUCAAAAAGCAUCUGUCAUACAUUAUUUUGGGAAACAAUAUUUUUAAAUGGUUAAUUUGUCAAUAAAAAUUAUUCGGGUUUGGAAAACAAACAGAGAAAUGUACUGGUAUGUCAUACAUGUAAGUACAUUUUAGAUGUGCUCCAUUUUUUGUUUGUUUUUAAUAAAUGUACAUAUAAAAUAACUUUUUAACAAUAUAGAUAUAUAUAUACACCAAGCAAUAGCACCAACCAUCACUUCAUCUGAUAUGUCCACCAGGACUGUCCAACAUCAUUUCACCUGGUCAUUUUGUAUUUGUGUCAAACACUUGAGAUUUUUAGCCCACUCUCUUCUGCUAAAAUGAAUAUGCUGUUAUUUGUUUUUCCUAAUGGAUCCUGGUUUACAAAAUAUUUUUAAAAAUUUUGAAUCCUGAUAAAAUAAAUAUGUACUAUGUACAUCAUAUAAUGAGAAAUAAGUAGAAAACUUUUACGUUCAUGUAUUCCGUUUGGAUUUUACGUGUAAAAUUCUUCAACUUUGAGUGAUUAUUUGUAUACUAGUAUUUAUGGACAUAAUUAUGGUACAUGUACUUCCAAUUCAGUUCUAGUCAGAUAAAAUAGUGGUAUACAAGUACUAAAAAUUGUUGAUGAUGUGGAAGAUAAUUCUUCUUUUAUUUAUACUGGGGUUUAAGCCAAAACAGUCAUGUGUACAUUUGUUUCAAUGUUAAUAAUUAAUAAGUGCUUUUGUUCAAAGAGGACCAUGAAUAUAAAGUUAACAAGGUUGAGAAUAAAGAACAGAAAUUUCAUGGAUGUUUAUACAGUUAAACCUUGUUUUCUUGUAAUCAGUGGGACCUAGCAUUUUUUUUAAAACAUAUCCAAGAAUUCUAGAUAAAGAAGUUAAAAUUAGAUUAAAAGAAAGAGUUCCAUCUUGUUAGGCAUAUGGUACAGGGUGUUCAAGAUAUUGAAUUUUAAUGUUCUUUUCUGUUCAAAGUAAGGUAGAAAACUAUAUUGCAUGAUCUUGAUGUUUAUAUUAUAAUCUAAUUAACUUAAUUUUUUUGUUACUGUAGUAUAAACCCAUCCCUCAUUUCUUCCAUGUACAAGUGUAUCUUUAUACUGUAUCUGUUUUUACUAAAAAUAUAUGAAUGGAGACAAAAUAAUUUUUAUGUAGGCAUUUUUAUCAUUAAAAAGCCCUUUUUCAAUUUGCCAAAGACAUAUUUUGAUUAACUUGGAUAACUAAUACAUUAUUUUUAUAGAUUUGAAAUGAUUAAUAUUAAGAUUGAGCAAACUUUAAGUUUCAGCCAAUCAGCGAGUUACUUUGUAAUGAUAUCAGGGUCCAAUCAAUACCAAACCAUACUUGAAGGUGAAAAUGAAAAUAAUACACACAUAUAAUUAUGCAUAUGCGUAUAUGACUUAUUCAUUUAUCAAAUUAUCAAUUAUUAUAACUACAAGUAUAUUUAUAUUAUUCUGUUAUUAAAUAUGAUAAGUUUGUUUGCAAUUUCAACACUUUAAAAAUUUUUGACAAACCAAAUCUAAGUGUAUAGCUGUAUGAUUUACCUACAUGCCUUUUUCAAAGUUGUUGCUUCACUUUUACUGAGUCUUAAUAUGAUGAUUAGGUUCGUUUACAAGAAUUUUCAGCUUUUUGCCAUAUGUUAUUUAUCAAAGAAUGUUACUUUUUUUUUUAAAGUGAAUUUGUACAGUCCAGUAAUGAUUUUCUCUUUAUUUGUUUUUCUUGAUUGAUGAUUACCAUCCAGUCAAAUGAACAUUGUAUUUAACAUUUGAUUGUGUUCAAUAAAAUUUAUUUUUGAUUAAAACAUU